AUAUCGAGAGACAAUGUGGAGGGAGAAUCAAAAAUGUCGGACGAGAGACAACGCCAUCCCACAACCCAGGAAAUCAAGGAUAGGAGAAAGCUCCCGCAAGCAAGCAAGCAAGCAGAGGGGAAAAGCUAUUGUGGUACCCUAUCGUGGAGCCCGUGGAACCGCUUCCGUCCAUGACCGUGGCCCCAGUCCAAGAUAGUCGCAAAAGAGCUGUCCUGCUUAUGCCUGAACGCCGUUCUAGUCCCCUGGGGUUGGGUGUCACCCUCUUUUCCGAAUUUUUUUUAUCCUUAUUUUCUAUUCUGGAUCUUCUGAAUCACAGCCAUUGGCUGGGGCCCUGGGAAACUGGAACGAUCUAUUUAAUUUCUAAACUUACAGUAUUUUCGAAAUUCCCUGCCUGGGCCCCGGGGUCUGUGAUUCAUCUGCCAGAUUCGUCACGCCAAUCGACCUUUCCGGUGAUUUAUCAUGGUGGCAAUGGACCCCGGUUUGAUACAAAUCUUCCUCUCCUUUCCAUCUGGUCCUUCUUAUAUCCCUUAACCCAGGUCCUGAUUGUCAUAAGCACUAUUUGACGGUGGGACACAUUUAAUAUCUAAUUUUUAUUCCUCCGAAAGCCACCUUGCUACACAAUCCGACAGAAAAAGUCCGCGCAGAAUUCUGUUCAAUUGCUUCCUUCCCUUUCAU